AUGGUAUACACAUUAGUAUUAGUUAGACACGGUGAAAGCACAUGGAACAAGGAGAAUAAGUUUACAGGAUGGACAGAUGUAGAACUCUCUGAACAAGGUGUAACAGAAGCACAUGAAGCAGGCAAGAAGUUGCUUGCUGACAAGUUUAACUUUGAUAUUGCCUACACUUCAUUCUUGAAGCGUGCAAACAACACCCUCGACUUUAUCUUGGAGGAGAUGCAUCUCGUCGGCAAGGUCGAGACUGUCAAGUCGUGGAGACUCAACGAGCGUAUGUACGGUGCACUCCAAGGUCUCAACAAGUCAGAGACUGCUCAAAAGUAUGGUGAUGCUCAAGUACUCGUAUGGCGUCGUUCAUACGACACCCCACCACCAGCCCUCGAAAAGGAUGAUCCUCGUGCACCAAUCAACGAUCCACUCUACAAAGGUGUCGAUCCAUCACUCCUCCCACUCACCGAAUGUCUCAAAGACACUGUAGAAAGAUUCCUUCCAUUCUGGAAUGAAACUGUUGCUCCUGCUAUCAAGAAUAACAAAAAGGUUAUUAUUGCAGCACAUGGUAAUAGUAUUAGAGCUUUGGUCAAACUUUUAGACAAUGUUUCAGAUGAUGAGAUUGUUGGUGUCGAGAUUCCAACCGGUAUUCCAUUGGUCUACGAAUUGGAUGAAAACCUAAAGCCAAUCAGCCACCGUUACCUCGCCGACGAGUCACACUUAAAGGCUGCUCAACAAGCUGUUGCCAACCAAGGAAAAGCAAAACAAAACUAA